GUGCAGCUGCCUGCAUCACCUGCCUCUAUGAAGGGAACAUUGGGGCAGGGAUUAUAAUCGGAGGAUUACGCACUCAGGUAAUCCAAUCACUGUUAACCUUCCAGCACAGCCCCGACAACUCAUUUCCUCUCGAAUCGCCGCAGAGUGAGAGCAGAAAACGGUGCUAUGAUGAGGCCCCAGAGAAGAGCCAGGUGACAGAAUGCCGUUCAUUAUAAGGGGAAGACCCCUGAGGGGGGCACAGUAUGCCAGCAACAGAAGGACCUCUUCCUCCAAUGACACCUCGGCGCUCUGGUCAGAAAGCCACACCCGUCUGCACCAGCUCCAUCCACCAGAGCCCCUGCAGGCCCCGCCCUGCACCGGUAAACCCGUUGGCUCCUCUUUUGGCCUCCUUGGGGCCAACAGCGGCAUUCAGGGCCCAGGUGGCACUGGCACUGGUGUCAGCCCGGUUCUCGCUUGGCAUGCUGCCAUUAGCGCAGCUCGCCAAGCACAGGGUGAUGGUGCAAAGCCCGACAUGAGUUCACGGCCCUCGGUUUGCACCACUGGGCCACCUCCUGUGGGCUCACUUGCGCAGAGGAAAAGGCAGCAGUACGCCAAAAGCAAAAAGCAGGGAGGAUCUACCAACAGCAGGCCACCCAGAGCUCUGUUCUGCCUCACCCUCAACAACCCCAUUCGCAGGGCCUGCAUCAGCCUGGUGGAGUGGAAACCAUUUGAUAUCUUUAUACUGCUGUCUAUUUUUGCCAAUUGUGUGGCCUUAGCCAUCUACAUCCCUUUUCCCGGAGACGACUCCAACUCUACUAACCAAGAGCUGGGGCACAGUAUGCGCAGCAACAGAAGAACCUCUUCCUCCAUACACCUCGGCGCUCUGGUCAGAAAGCACACCCCGUCGGCAACCAGCUCCAUCCACCAGAGCCCCUGCAGGCCCGCCCUGCACCGACCAUUUGAUAUCUUUAUACUGCUGUCUAUUUUUGCCAAUUGUGUGGCCUUAGCCAUCUACAUCCCUUUUCCCGGAGACGACUCCAACUCUACUAACCAAGAGCUGGGAGUGGCACUGGAAAAUACAGAAACAAGGCUAGUUGAUGAAACAGUAGAAUAUGCCUUCCUGAUCAUUUUCACUAUAGAGACAUUUCUGAAGAUUAUUGCCUAUGGCCUGGUCAUGCACCAGAACUCCUACGUCAGGAACGGCUGGAACAUGCUGGACUUUGUCAUUGUCAUAGUGGGGUGA